GAGGACCAAUCCACCCUCCUUCCUCCCGCGUGCGGAGAAAGCGCCCUGCCUUCCCCUCCGCUGCCAUGGCCGCCGUCGCCUCUCCCUCCGACGACUCCGCGGGCUCCUUCCGCAUCUUCCGAUCGUUGGUGGAGAGGGCGGACCGGAAGUUCGCCCGCGUCCGCGACCUCCCCCCUUACGGCCGCGGACCGCAACUCCUGCAAUAUUACCGCAAGGUCUUCAAAGCCUACACCCGUCUUUGGAGGUUCCAGCAGGAGCACCGCCGGGAGCUCGUUGGUGCCGGCCUUCGCCGGUGGGAGAUAGGAGAGAUUGCUUCCCGCAUCGGCCAGCUCUACUACACCCAAUACCAGAGGACCAGCGAGGUACGGUACCUCCUCGAGGCUUACGUCUUCUACGAAGCGAUUCUGAGCCGAGGGUACUUCGAGGCCGAGAAGGGGUCGUCGGCCUCGUCGUCGUUGGCUAGGCCCGAUCUGGGGCUGAGGUACAAGGAACUCAGGUUCCAUGCGAGGUUCUUGAUCGUAGCCAUGCUACUGAACCGGACGGAUGCAGUGAAGCACCUUGCCGAAAGAUUCAGGGCUCUGGUGGAGGAGUCGAAGGCCGCUUACCCGGAGACUAAUUUCAAAGAAUGGAAGCUAGUGCUGCAAGAAAUAGACAGGUUUUUGAAAGCCGAUACAGCUUUUACAAAGACCAGGACUUUGAGAUUCAAUGUACUAUUUGAUUCUCAUUCAUCUUCUGCUCCAUAUAUUUCACGAUUCCAUACAAAUAGGAUUUUGAGGCUGCAAGAUGCUUUGCUAACAAGCUAUCGCCGUAAUGAGGUCAAGUUCACAGAGCUUACUCUGGACACUUUCAGAAUGCUUCAAUGUUUGGAAUGGGAACCCGGUGGAUCCGUCUACCAGAUUCCUGGAAAAGAGCCAACUGAUAAUGGUGCUUUUCAUGGUCAGAAUGGAGCCUCCGGACUGAUUGACAUUAACCUAGCAUCAGAUAUAACAGAUCCAAGACUGCCUCACAAUCCACGGAAGGCUAUUAUUUAUCAUCCUUCUGUCUCUCAUUUGAUUGCGGUAAUUGCAACAAUUUGUGAAGAGUUAUCUUCAGAUAACAUUUUGCUAUUAUAUAUAUCAGCUUCAGGGAAGACUGACCAGAAUAUUGCUUUGCAAAAAGAUACAUCUGGAAGUUCAUGGAACUUCUCGAAGCAGAAUCUUGUGUCCCAGACCUCUCGUAAACAGGAUGGUUCACUGCCCCAACCUCCUGUUGGCAAUAAGCCAGAUUCAAGCUGCUGUUUAGGAAGUUAUCUAUGUUUAGGAAGUGGAGGAUUGAACACCCUUUAUCCUGAAGAUUUGCUUCCAUUUACACGAAGACCACUUUUUCUCAUCAUCGACAGUGAUAGUAGCCAUGCAUUCAAGGCUAUACAUGGUGCAGAAAGGGGAGAAGCAGCAGCCCUGCUUCUUUCACAUGAGAGACCAUCCUCGGUAUCUGCUGCUGAUCUAGUGCCUAAUGGAUCCCAGUUUACAUAUUUUCUAACUGCUCCACUUCACGCCUUUUGCCAAUUAGUUGGCCUUUCCUCUGAUGUUGAAGCUGAUGUUUACAACAAUGCAGAGAGCAUACUUUCCUCUGCCUUAGAUGAAUGGGAGGUAAUACUCUGCACAUGCAAUUGUCUGGAUCAGGUAUGGGCGCAGGUUUUACCUGAUCCAUUUCUACGGCGUCUGAUUCUGAGGUUUAUAUUCUGCCGUGCCGUAUUGUCUCUCUUCCAUCCUCUAGAGAAGGGUAGUCAGCAUCUACCUGAUUGCCAACCUAAACUUCCUGAGCCUGUCUCUCCAAGCUCUGCAAAAGUACAAGUCCAUAUCCUCCGACUUGCAGAAAACUUUGGGGUUGUCGACCAUUUUCACUUUUCAUAUUCCAGCAGGGACUUGGUGGUGCAGAAUCGAUAAUUGCUGCCAUAGUAUAUAACCUUCUGUAGAUAAAAUCUUGGUAAAUAGAAUCCAAUCAUUUUUUGAUUGUUUUGUGUCGAUACACCGGAUCAUCAACCCUGCAGGUGGUCUGCUGGUCAAGAGGCAAGGCACCUUACGAGACCGCCACUCAGUUGAGAUGCUUUUGUUGCCAGAAUGCCAAGGGUUGCACCCCUUCUGCUGGAUAUACGGCUAAGCUAUUGUUGCUAUCAGAGUGUGUAUUGGCAUGUACAACUCCAAUGUUAUUACUAGGAAAACAGUGAAUAGGGUCAAAAUGUUUCAAUAAUCUUGUACACAGGCUAGGUCUCCGUAUAGAGGUGAUUUCCAAUUUUAGCAGUGAAUUCAUCAGUGGCUAUGGAAUGUCAUGUAUUAGAUCAUGCUUUGAUUAUUGAUCAUGUACCUAAUUCUUGCCUGGUUAUUAAAUUUGGUUCUAGAAUGCAUGACUUUAGC